AUGAAAGUGAUCUCUAAAGCCUUCGGGAUACACCCGUUGACGGCCGAGGAUAUCAUGAUGCAAGAGCAGCGGGAAAAGGUAGAGCUUUUCCGCAACUACUACUUUGUUAACUACCGUUCUUUCGACCAGGACUUGGCCAGCGAUAAUUUCCUCGAGCCCGUCAACAUGUACGUUGUCGUAUUCCGGGAAUGCGUUCUCAGCUUCCACUUCUCGGUGACGCCGCAUCCAGCCAACGUACGGAGGCGCAUUCGUCAGCUGCGGGACUAUCUUAUUCUCUCAUCCGACUGGAUCUCGUAUGCCAUCAUCGACGACAUCACCGAUGUCUUCGUGCCACUUAUCCAAAACAUCGAGGAUGAAGUCGACGAAAUCGACUACGCCAUCCUGCAAAUGCAUUCGGAGGAAGACCAAGCCAUGAGAGAGGAGAAGCGGCGACUCAACGAAAAGUCGGACUCGGCCGAGGUGAAGUCAGCCGAGGCUGGUCGCGACAUGCUCCGGCGGGUCGGAGACUGCCGCAAGAAGGUCAUGUCGCUCUACCGGCUUCUCAGCAAUAAGGCGGACGUGAUCAAGGGCUUCGCCAAGCGCUGCAACGAGCACUGGGAGGUGGCGCCACGAUCCGAGAUCGGCUUGUACCUCGGAGACAUUCAGGAUCAUAUUGUGACCAUGACUUCGAACCUGAGUCACUACGAGAAGAUCUUGGCUCGCUCUCAUGGGAACUACCUCGCCCAGAUCAACAUCCGCAUGAACGAGCGGCAGGAGCAGACCGCCGAUGUACUCGGGAAGCUGACGGUGCUGGGCACCAUUGUGUUGCCCAUGAAUAUCAUCACCGGUCUGUGGGGCAUGAACGUGUGGGUACCGGGCCAGGAGUAUGAGGGCGACCUCAACUGGUUCAUUGCCAUCACCGCGGGGUUGCUCUGCUUUGGCCUGGGGUGCUUUAUGAUUGCGAAGAGGGUGUUCAAGAAUGAUGUCUGA